GUGUUGCGAUAGGGGACAUUUCAAGAAUCAAUUUAUGCCAAAAGUUUGAGACGCCAUUCAACGAAACUUCUCUACCAAACAUCCUAAACCACACUACCAUAGAAGAGGCCAUUGGUGUGUUUGAACUCGCUUAUUCGGUUCUCCAUACUGCCACGCAUUGCUACGAAGAAGUUGCUCAUUAUACAUGCUCUCUAUUCUUGCCUCGAUGCUCUGGAAAUGAAACUGUGCCAUAUCACCAGAUACCUCCCUGUAGGAGCUAUUGUGAAGAGGUUCAUAGAAGAUGUGGAUUCUUCACUGAACUGCUACGCCCUAUGUACCCUGCAUUUAAUGUCGAAUGGUGGUUCCAGUUCAACUGCUCAGACCUGCCAGACUCUGACGACGCUAACGUUUGUACACAGGAAUUAAGAACCACUCCUAAAGAAAUUGUGUGUGGAGAUGGAGAGGUGAAAUGUGAUGGCGACAGAUGCAUUCCACACAACUGGCUCUGUGAUUCCUACCAGGAUUGUGAAGACAACACAGACGAGCAAUCAUGCUCAUUUUGUGAUGCGACCCAGCAUAAAUGUUCAACUGGUUUGUGUAUUGAGAAAGCUAAAGUUUGUGAUGGGAAGUCUGAUUGUGUAAGGGGUCCUGACGAGGAUGACUGUGUCCGACUGUACUCUAGCCAAAUGGAUAACAAGCAGGGCAAGCUGCAGGUGUUUAAUGCUGAGACAGAUACUUGGGAGACGAUGUGUGCAGAUAGCUGGAAGGAUGAUUACAACGGCUGGGUCUGUGAGGAUCUAGGAUAUAACAGAGAAUCUAGCAAUGCUCCAAAUCAGUUCUACAACUACAGUCUUGAGGAAAGCAGCACUACAAGUCUGAGAGGCGAAGUUUGGCAAAAAGGUCCACUGACACAAAACAUCAAUAAAAGUUCCACUUGUACCAGUGGCCAGGGUGUAUACCUUGUGUGCAAAGACGUCCAGUGUGG